GAUGAACAACCAAAACAAACAGGAACGGUCGACCUUGAACAACAUUAGGCCGACCUAUUGGGUUGAUCUUCCUUACCUCGCAAGUACAGAAGUCCGAGUGUUGUGCCAUAAAUUCAAUUUCGAACAAUUGUCAAGUAGAGGUCGACCUGAUUGAGAUGAGGGUCGACCAAAUGGUAUUCUGCACGCAACAAUAAAUCAAAUUAGACGGUGGAUAGGUCUAUAAGAGAUCUCUACUCCUAUCUUAUCUUUAGAAUUUCCUUACUUAUAUUCUUAAUCAAAAGACACCAACAAUGGGGACCACCGCGUUACGUCUCGCCGUCCGGUGUCCCUACCCUAGUAUGCCAACCACGUUACGUCUCGCCGUCCGGUUGCAUACCCAAACUCGCAAUGGCACUGCGUUACGUCUCGCCGUCCAGUCCAUGCAUGUCAACUACUGCGUUACGUCUCGUCGUCCAGUAGUGACCCCAACAAACAUGAUCCACUGCUGCAUUACAUCUCGUCGUCCAACAGUGACCCGAACAAACACGAUCCACUACAGCGUUACGUUACGUCUCGCCGUCCAGCAGUGAGCCGACCAUCUACCUCGUCCAGUAGUGGCCAACCGUCUGGGGGUUCCUCAUACCAUUAAAUCCAUACAACAUCACAUACAUUCAUACAGCACAACGCGUGCCUCCACCCUUACAGGCGGUGGAAUGCCUCACACACAUAUCGCGCAUUACUCAAAAAUUAACUAAUUAAUAACUUGAACGAAAGCAUAAACUAAAAGACCUACGACAGAGAUUUUACCCCCUUUACACUCACCUCGAAAAGAUGAAUCCUCAAUUCCUUCUUCGACGAAAACCCUCCUUAGCCGGAUUAUCUUGGGGAAACCUCUAGAAGGUGCCUAGGCCAAGGUUGGACGACCCGGGACGUUGAUCUCUUCGUUGAUCGUACCCUCAAACGUCACAGCUAGAAACACGAAAGGGAUGGAAUCGGGGUCGGGAACAGGGGGCGGGGACCCUCUUCUUCUCCUUAUUCCGAUCGGCUCUAAAACUAGUGUCGCAACUGGAGAGGCCUAGGAUUUUUAUUAAAGGGGGAGAGGGUUUGGGCGCCCCACUCUGAUUUUGUUUGUUUUUUUUAUUAAUAAUAUAAAGUGGGAGAGGGUUUGGCGGCCCCACUCUGAUUUUGUUUUUUAUUAAUAAUAUAAUAAUAAUAGUUAUUGUUA